AUGCCGCGGAACAGUGAGCGACUGCAGCAAAUCCGAGAGCGUGUUGAACAAAUAGGACGCCUGCUGCGAGGCGAGGAGCGAAUCAACUUUCGAGCAGUUCUAGAGCCCGUUGAGAAGGACAGUAUUAUCGCUCCAGUCUAUGAUCGUGCGGGACGUCGAGUCAAUACAGCGUUCCAAAGAGCUUGCGCCAUACUUGCCGCCGAACGCGAUGACCUACUCUUUGAGGCGUUUGCCUUGGACCCCAAGUUUCGGUUGCCGCCGGGUUGCCCGCCGCCGCGAGCAGAGUCGAAAGUAUACUUUCCGGUCGACAAAUACCCGCAUAUGAACUUUGCAGGUUUGGUGCUUGGACCGCGAGGUGUCACGCAGAAACGAAUUGAGGAGCGAUUUCGGUGUCGACUCCUGAUUCGCGGACGAGGCGCACGUUCGCGCGACGCAGGCGACGACGCCUUGCAUGCACGUAUCGAGGCUGUUGGUGCGGACGCUCGACAGCGAGUCGCUGCCUGUGCCAAAUACCUGAAAGAAGAGAUCCUUGUGCCCCGGCGCGACGAGGAGAAUGCGCUCAAGAUAGCACAGCUGCGGGAACUCGCUGCGAUGAAUGGCACCCUGCGGGAGGACGCUCGGAUCGCGCGUCUCGCUGCCGAGCGAGCUGUUCGAGCUGCUGUUGCACACCGGCACGAAACAGAACCGCAAGUAGAUUCGCUUGAGCAGGAAAUGGAGUCGUUUUUGCAGGAAGUUGGUGUUAGCGUCGAAGCCGACGCAACGCAUCGAUCUGGCGACGCAUCCGCUCAUGAUCCGUCUGGAGUGCCCGCCCUGAAUUUCGACCAGCUUGGCAAAACGUCGCCCACGUCCAACAUCUCCACAGAAAAGCGGAUUCUCGAGUCCGAAGCCGAAGCCAGUCCCCAAGCGAACUCGAACCAGAGCGUCAUGCGAGACGCUCGCAAGAGGCCUCGAUCUGCGUCGGUCCAGGGCGAUUCUUAA